AUGAAGAUAUUAUUACCUAAUGAUGUGGUAAAUUUAUUGGUCGUCGCGGCUUUAAUGGCCAUGGUUACUGCGGACAAAAUCUGCCCGGAUGCCACAUUAAUAAAAGCACCAUGCAAGUUUGUGGAGGUGGCUAACAUUAAAUGCGCGAUCGAGUGCGACAGCGGAGCACUCGAUUUAGUGGCCAUUUUUAAAAGCCUUCAAACAUCACUGAAAGCCGAGGAAAAAACAUUUGUACGGUUUGUAUUGAAAAACUCAAAAAUCACUGAACUUCCGGCCAAUGUGUUCGCCGACAUUAACUUCGAUGCUAUCAUUAUUGAAGAUGCCCUAAGUAUGAAAAAAAUUCACCAAGCAGCUUUUAAUGGUGGAGCGUACAGGGUCAAACGUUUAGACAUUAUUAACACACCCGUAAACGAGGAUACUAUCACGGGUGGUGACCUAUUCGCUGCCAUUCAAAGUCUACCCAAUCUAGCUAACUUGCGGCUAAUUAAAACUAAUUUGACCAUGAUAUCGGCGAAUGGUAUAAAAUCUAUGAACGAACUCAUGCAUAUUUACAUCGAGCAAAAUAAGGCGCUGAAAAUAAUUGGCCAUAAUGCGUUCGUGAAUUUACCUAAGCUAAAAACACUUGAAAUUAAGGACAACGCGAUCGAGAAGAUACUGUAUACAGCGUUUCCCAUCAAUACUGUCGCCUCUAAAGAUCCCCUGGAAAUCCGCUUAAUUGCCGAUCAUUUGUCAUACGAUGCACUCGUGGCCACUACUUUCGAUGCCAUCAAUAGACCCGUCAGUCUAUACGUUACGGACAAUGGCUUUCAAUAUAUAAAACAAGCGAUAUUUGAGUCGUUUGUCAAACAAAACCCAUUGAAUGUGAUUAUAUCGGACACUGACUGUGAGGACACUAAUAAUGAUUGGUUGAGAAAAACGUAUCCCAAACAGUGGAAUGACGUGAAUUGUUUUGGAUUAAUGAACGCCCAAGCUCGUUUGUCUAAAGGACUUAGACUUUGA